CCCGCCCUCGAUCUCCUUUUCUGGGGCUUACCAUCUUGAAUCUCUAUCGUCGGGAAGACACGUUUCAAGCCACCUCUGCGACGCUCCAAAUAUAGACUGUUCGUCUCUAAUCCGUUAUCUUCGCUACUUUCCCCUGUCGGCAUCAUGGUUGUUUACUCCUUCUAUAUCUUCGAUCGUCAUGCUGAAUGCAUCUAUAAUCGACGCUGGCUCCCACGCCCAACCUCUAUGACUGGCAGCAAGUCCUCACGACCGACUUCCGAGACAUCUACUCCGGGUCUCCCCGCAACAUUAGGCCAAACUGCGCGCGCCACGGACGACGAUGCCAAACUCAUCUUCGGUACUGUUUUCUCCCUGCGCAACAUGGUUCGCAAGCUAGGAGGCGAGGACGACAAUUUCGUUACCUACCGCACGAGCCAAUACAAGCUCCACUACUACGAAACUCCGACCAACAUCAAGUUCGUCAUGCUGACGGACCUCAAGAGUCCAAACAUGCGUGUUGCUUUGCAGCAGAUCUACAUCAAUCUCUACGUCGAAUACGUGGUCAAGAACCCAUUAUCUCCCGCCGAGCAUCCAGGCGGUAUUGGAGUGAACAACGAGCUCUUUGAAGAGUCUCUGGAGCAGUUCGUGACUCGGGUUCUGUCGUGAAUCCGACUUGAAACUCCAUUAACACUCUAUUCGCUCAUGGAUCUGAGUCGAAGCGAGCCCCAAGCUUAAUUGUCGACCCUCCGCAAACAAGCAUCCAUGCGAUAGCG